GCGAGAUCAGGCGCGUUCCGGGUGGUAUGGCUGUCGACACUGAGCCGUUUCUCUGCGAACAGCUGCUUUGCAAAGUCUGCGCAAGUUACUGCUGAAUUUGCAGUGGUUGCCAAGAUUUUGUAGAAGAAGAAUACUUUGUCAUUAUGAGAUGUCGUCUCUCGGUGCCUCCUUUGUGCAAAUUAAAUUUGAUGACUUGCAGUUUUUUGAAAACUGCGGCGGAGGAAGUUUUGGGAGUGUUUAUCGAGCCAAAUGGAUAUCGCAGGACAAGGAAGUGGCUGUAAAGAAGCUACUCAAAAUAGAGAAAGAGGCAGAAAUCCUCAGUGUCCUCAGUCACAGAAACAUCAUCCAAUUUUAUGGAGUAAUUCUUGAACCUCCUAAUUAUGGUAUCGUCACAGAAUAUGCUUCACUGGGAUCCCUCUAUGACUACAUUAAUAGUAAUAGAAGUGAAGAGAUGGACAUGGACCACAUUAUGACUUGGGCCACUGAUGUAGCCAAAGGAAUGCACUAUUUACACAUGGAGGCUCCUGUCAAGGUGAUUCACAGAGAUCUCAAGUCAAGGAACGUUGUUAUUGCUGCUGAUGGAGUGUUGAAGAUCUGCGAUUUUGGUGCCUCUCGGUUCCAUAACCACACAACACACAUGUCCUUGGUUGGAACUUUCCCAUGGAUGGCUCCAGAAGUUAUCCAGAGUCUCCCUGUGUCUGAAACCUGUGACACGUACUCUUAUGGUGUGGUUCUCUGGGAGAUGCUAACAAGGGAGGUCCCCUUUAAAGGUUUGGAAGGAUUACAAGUAGCUUGGCUUGUAGUGGAAAAAAACGAGAGACUAACCAUUCCAAGCAGUUGCCCCCGAAGUUUUGCUGAACUUUUGCAUCAAUGUUGGGAAGCUGAUGCCAAGAAACGACCGUCAUUCAAGCAGAUUAUUUCAAUUCUGGAGUCCAUGUCAAAUGACACAAACCUCCCUGACCAGUGCAACUCAUUCCUGCACAAUAAGGCAGAAUGGAGGUGUGAAAUUGAGGCAACCCUUGAGAGGCUCAAGAAGCUGGAGCGUGAUCUCAGCUUCAAAGAGCAGGAGCUCAAAGAACGGGAAAGACGGCUAAAGAUGUGGGAGCAGAAACUGACAGAGCAGUCCAACACCCCGCUGCUGCCUUCCUUUGAAAUCGGUGCAUGGACUGAAGACGAUGUGUAUUUUUGGGUUCAGCAGCUCGUCGGAAAAGGUGACUCUUCAGUAGAAAUGAGUAGCUAUGCCAGCUUGUUUAAGGAAAACAACAUCACAGGCAAACGGCUGCUGCUUCUGGAGGAGGAAGACUUGAAAGACAUGGGCAUUGUCUCCAGGGGACAUAUCAUUCAUUUUAAGUCAGCCAUUGAGAAACUAACCCAUGAUUACCUGAACUUGUUUCACUUCCCACCACUAAUUAAGGACUCAGGAGGUGAGCCUGAAGAAAAUGAGGAAAAAUUAGUGAACCUUGAACUUGUUUUUGGUUUUCACUUGAAACCAGGAACUGGCCCACAGGAUUGUAAGUGGAAAAUGUAUAUGGAGAUGGAUGGGGAUGAGAUUGCAAUAACCUACAUAAAAGAUGUGACUUUCAUCCUGAGCCUCCCUGAUGCAGAGAUUCUGAAGAUGACAAAGCCACCGUUUGUAAUGGAGAAGUGGAUAGUAGGAGUUGUGGAAGAUCAGUCCGUGGAGUGCACUGUCACGUACGAGAGUGAUGUCAGAACUCCAAAAAGCACUAAACAUGUCCAUCCAAUUCAGUGGAGUAGAACCAAACCUCAGGACGAAGUGAAAGCUGUCCAACUUGCCAUUCAGACAUCAUUCUCCAAUUCAGAAGGCAACCCUGGCAGCAGAUCUGACUCAAGUGCCGACUGCCAGUGGCUGGACACUCUGCGGCUGCGGCAGAUCGCGUGCAACACGUCUUUGCAGCGUUCCCAGAGCAACCCCAUCCUGGGAUCACCCUUCUUCCCGUACUACGCCAGCCAGGACUCCUACGCGGCGGCCGUGCGGAGGACCCAGGGGCCCGCCAAGUACCAGCAGAUCACGCCCAUCAACCCGUCGCGAAGCUCCUCGCCCACGCAGUACGGGCUCACCAAAACCCUCUCCUCCCUGCAUCUCAACUCCAGGGACAGCGGCUUCUCCAGCCUGACCGCCGCCGACGGCCGCCCCGAGCGGGGCCGCUACUCGGACCGGAGCCGGAGCCGGUACGGCCGGGGCAGCGCGUCCCUCAACUGCUCCCCGAGGGCGAGGUCCGGCGGCAAAGGCCAGCAGCACUCCGCGCCCUCGAGAGAGAGGUAUUCUGGAAAGUUCUACAGGGUGCCCCAGGCGGCGCUCGGCCCUCCGCAGGCCCCCGACUGCAAGCGGAGCCCGAGCGAGCGCCAGCUCCCCAGGACCAUCCCCGGGAUGCCCGUGCACGCCGAUGCUGCCUGCGGCGCCGGGGAGGAGGAGAGCAGAGCGAGCGACGGGGGCUGGACCCGCGUGGAGCACCGGCGGAAGCCGCACCGGCCGCUGCCCGCCAAGGGCGGCAGGGAGCGGGCCCGGGGCGCCCACCGCGGCCGGAGGCACCUCUGAUGAGCCGCGGCCGCA